AUGUAUCUAGACUUCACCAAGAGCCUCGGUAUUGGCUCGCUCACUACCAUGCUUCUCUCCGCAUUUUCCCAACGAGAGCGUGCUCUCGUUGAUCAUCAGCCAGCGCUACCUCCAUCCUAUCCGCUGGCUGUCCGGAGCCCCUAUCUCUCGACAUGGAUGCCCAGCGAUCAGGUUCAGACAUUGCCGUAUGCGGAGCCUCAGUUCUGGGCGGGACAGAGUCUCACCUGGUCGGUUAUGGCUCGCGUAGAUGGCCAGGCGUACAGUUUGAUGAGCGUCAAGAAUCCGGGCGAGAACAUCCGUCCUGCUAUCGUUCGAAGCGCCGAGUAUACUGCGACCCAUUCAGUGUUUACUCUUUCCGCUGGUUCGGUGGUUUUCACUCUGGACUUUUUCUCGCCCAUAUCGCCCUCAAACUAUCUGCGACAGUCCCUCCCUUUCAGCUACUUGACCGUUUCUAUCUACUCUAGUAUCGACGGAAGAUGGACGGGCAAGCCACAACACACUACACGUGGUUUCCGUGAGAUCGGCUCCACGGCCGUCUUUUCGUUGGGGUUGAAGAACGGCGUCCCUUACUCGGAAGUAGAUGACAUGGCCACUUGGGGCGAGGCGAUCUUCGCCUCUCGCCCAAAUUCUAGGUCUAAACUCUCUUUCUCAUCUGGGAAACGGGGUGAUGUGCGCUCUCAGUUUGUCAGUACCGGGAGGCUGGUCGACAUCCGCAAGUCAUGGGCUCCAGGAGGCAUUGUAGCCCUUUCGCACGACUUAGGAAGGGUUGACAGCCCAGAUUCAGUGACAUUUGCCGUUGGACAUGUGCGCGAAGAGUCCAUUAAUUACCUGGGCAAGCCAUACACCGGAUAUUACCGAUCGCAGUACCCGGAUAGCCACGACGCGGUUUCUCACUUCCUUGACGACUAUCCCGCCGCUCUGCAGGAGUCUCGGGUGCUCGAUACGGAGAUGGCCAAGCAAGCCAAAACGGCAGCUGGUCAGAAGUACGCCGAUAUCGUCACACUGUCGGCUCGCCAGGCGUAUGGAGGGAUAGAGGUGACCAUUCCUAAUGACACUCUCGACACCACCGAUGUUCUGGCAUUCAUCAAGGAGCUUUCCAGCAAUGGCAACCUCAACACAGUGGACGUUAUCAUGCCCGCCUUCCCGAUCUACUACGUUCUGGACCCGGACUACAUCCGCCUUCUGCUGGAACCGAUGAUGAGGUACCUGGCUGCUGGCCGCUGGCAAAAGCCGUAUGUGAUCCACGACAUGGGCAAGCAUUACCCCAAUGCCAUCGGGCAUGACAAUCAAAAAGCCGAGCCAAUGCCGAUCGAGGAAUGUGGAAAUCUAAUGGUACUGAUCCUGGCCUACGUGCGAGCAACGGGUGACACCGAAUGGGCCGCCCAGUACACUGACCUCCUGAGGGGCUAUGCGGACUACUUGGUCGAUAAUGGUGUUGAUAUCACCAAGCAGCUGUCUUCCAACGACGCGGCUGGUGCACUUGCCAAUGAGACAAACCUUGCCAUCAAGGCGGCCGUCGGUAUCAAGGCAUUCGGCGAACUAACGGGACUUUCCGAAUACUCUGAAAUCGGCGAAGCGCGCGCGGAUCUGUUCUUCACCCAGGGCCGGGGAACAGACGGGAAUAAGACACACUUCGUGCUGCAAUACCCCGACAAGCCAGCCUCGUGGAAGAUUCCAUACAACCUCUACCCAGAUGUACUGUUGGAUCUUCAGACCUUCCCCAAAGCGGCAUACGAAAUGGGAAAUACCUUCUUCAAGUCGGUUCGAGCUGAAUAUGGAGUUCCGUUGGAUAACCGGCAAGACUGGGCCAAGUCGGACUGGAACAUGUGGUUGGCAGGCACAUUUGACGCCGACACUCGGUCUGAGUUUGUGGAUGAUCUCUGGAGUUUCAUGACCAACGGAAAACACAACUGGCCGUUCUCCGAUCGGUACGUUGCCACAUCCGCCAAGGGACGGAGCCCUGGGGUGCCUGUAUUGUGCCGAGCUCGCCCAACAGUGGGUGGUCAUUUUGCCCUGAUGGCACUACAAGGGCCCAAAUCUCUUCAGGCUGCUGUGUCGAGGCAGAUGUUUGGUGAAGGAGGCAACAAAGGAGGCAGUGGCAGCCAGGAGAUUCUUUUGAACCAGGGAGAGAAUCUAGUGGUUCCCCGUCCUCCACACAACUUCGGUCCUCAAGGCUAUCCCCUCCCCAACGGUGCUGUUCCUUCUGGUCCCGUCCCCGGCGCCGCCCCUCUCCUUCCCAACAAUGGUCGAAUCAUUCAGAAUGGUCCCGUCAGAGUGCUGUGCAUUGCGGACGUGCGAGGUAAUCUGAAGUCCUUGAAUGAGUUGGCCAGGCAGGCCCGUGCAGACCAUAUCAUCCACACUGGUGACUUCGGUUUCUACGAUGACACUUCGCUCGAGCGCAUUGCAGACAAGACUCUAAAGCACGUGGCCCAAUACUCUCCCCUGCUCCCCGAGAAUGUCAAGCGCACGAUCGCCCAGACUCCUCCCCAGCAGUCGAUCAAGCAACGAUUCACCCCCGAUCAGCUACCCCUCUCAGAGCUUCCCAUGCUGCUCGACAAGCGGCUCACCCUCGAUGUUCCUGUCUACACUGUCUGGGGUGCCUGCGAGGAUGUUCGCGUGUUGGAGAAGUUCCGUUCGGGAGAGUACAAGGUUGACAAGCUGCACAUCAUUGAUGAAGCCAACUCGCGGCUACUCGACAUUGGCGGUGUGAAGCUCCGUCUCCUGGGUCUGGGAGGAGCUGUGGUUAUGCACAAGCUGUUCGACAAUGGCGAGGGCAAGACUACUAUUGCUGGUGGUCAAGGCACCAUGUGGACAACCCUGCUGCAAAUGGGAGAGCUGAUUGACACAGCAAACCGUGUAUACGACCCCUCAGAGACCCGGAUCUUCGUCACGCACGCGUCGCCGGCUCGUGAGGGCAUGCUGAACCAGCUGUCGGUCACGCUCAAGGCCGAUUUCUCCGUCUCCGCUGGCUUGCACUUCCGUUACGGCUCGUCCUACAACGAAUUCUCCGUCAACCCCUCCCUCGACCAUUACCGGGGCAAGCUCGCCGCUUCCAAGGCUUCCUUCAAUGAUGUGUGGGAGACUGUCCGCGGCGAGGUUGAGGCCGCCAUUUCGCAGAACGAGGCUCAGAAGACUUUGCUCGACAAUGCCCUGGAGGUGGUCACCAAGAUGCCUACCGUUGCCAACGGUGGCAACCCAUUCGGUGGACCUGCUGCUCCCGGCAACGCAGCUGGCCAGGUCGACGAAAGCGCCUUCAAGAACAUGUGGAACUUCAACUUGGCGGACGCAGCAUUCGGCUUCUUGGUGCUUGAGAUCGAGUCGGGCCGCAUCGCUACCGAAAUGCGCGCUCAAGGAUUCAACUUUGCCCACCGUACUGGCAAGCCCCAGCCCGCUGGCCCAGCCCAGCCCGCUCCCGUCCCCGCUGGCGCCCCCGCUGGAAUCGCCUCGCCUCGCGUUCCCGGAGCUGCUCCCCAAUUCGGUCAGGCCCAGCCUGUUCCCGCCCGCACGGGUCCCCUUCCCCAACAGCAGGCCCCGGCUCAGGCCAAGGCUCCCGCCGCCGCUCCCGCUCGUACAUCCCCCGUUCCCGUGAUCCCUAAGCCUGCUACGCCGCAGCCUGCCGCCGCCCCUGCUGCGCAGCCCGCCGUGACGUCCCCGGAGAGAACCACGACCACCGAGGCCAAUGGUACCGCUCAGCCUGAGAAGCCCUCCGAAUCUCCGCUGCCCAAGAUUGAAAAGAAGCAGAGCAACGGCCUCUUCGUCUCGAACGUUGAGAAUGAACAAGCUGUGCGUGAUCUCUUCCCCGAGGAAGACAAGGCCAAGAUCACAAAGAUUGAGAAAUGGGGAAAAUACAACAACCAUGUCGUCCACUUUGCGACUGUCGAGGAGGCCAAGGCUGCUCUCGAUCGCCAGCCUGCCGAGCACAAGAAGCCUACCCCUGCCGGUCAGCCCCGUAAGCCCAACAUCAAGUUCUUCGAAGACCGGGGCAGCCACCGCGGCAAUGCCGGUACGUGGCAGAGCAGUAACCGUGGUGCCAACGCGCCCCAGCGCGGAUACCAGAGCGGAGGUGCCAGUGACAGCGAGACUAACCGCGGACGUGGAUUCCGUGGCCGAGGUGGUGCUGGCCGCGGCGACCGGGGCGGACGGGGCGGCCGUGGUGGUCGCGGUGGGUUCAACAAGGGAGGCGCUCCGACUUCAGACUCGGGACCAGGCGACAAGCCCGCUGCAACUGGAGGCGACGCUUGA